GUGUUUUUUGACUUGGAAAUCUGAUGAAAGACCUUUCAUUCAUCCAUGUAGUGUUUUGACAUAAUGAUAUUACAAGAACAACAUAGUUCUAUGCAUCAUUUGUUCAUUGUAGAUAUAUAAUAUCUAGAAUAGUGAAAAGGUAUAAGUAAUUGUGCAAGAAUAAGUAAUAUUCCGCAUAAAACUUAGACACUUCUAUAAAUGAAAUUUGUUACGCUACUUAAAAUGGCAGAAAAACUUAACGAAUUGAUUAUUGACGAAAUUGCGUGGAAAUCUAUAAAAAAUGACGGUCUCGAUAUCCAAUAUUCUAUCCCAAUUCCUAGACCACUUGCAUUUGCAAUUAUAAAAGAACUGGAUGAAACGCUGGAAUAUUUUACAGGAGAUUUAGCCAAAAUUAAGGUAUUCGGUAAAAUAUAUCCUCUACCUCGACAGCAAGUGGCUUACGGAGAUCCAGGAAUCACUUACACGUACUCCAAUCUCACUGUUCCUGCUUUACCAUGGCCGGAUCCAGUUCUAGCAUUGCGAAAUUUCAUUUUCAAAAUCAAGGGCAUUAAAUACAACUUCGUUUUGGUCAAUAAGUAUAGAAAUGGAAAUGACCACAUGGGCGAACAUAGAGACAAUGAACCUGAAUUGGACCCUACCGUUCCCAUUGCGUCCCUAUCAUUCGGUGCAGAGAGAACGUUUGUCCUAAAACACAGGGAUGCAAGAAAAUCUGGUCCAAAUAAAAAGCCAAUUCCUCCAGUUUCUAUUACACUGGAGCACGGAAGUGUAUUAUUUAUGAAUCCACCUACAAAUGAAUUUUGGUACCACAGUUUGCCAAAGAGGAAAAAAAUACGGGGCCCAAGGAUCAAUUUAACAUUUCGAAAAAUUCGUUAG